CUUAACAUCAAUGGAGUGGAAGCUUCACACAAGGUUUAUCCAGAGUUUCAGUCUCUUGACUCUCUUCGUGCUGUGGAGGUCAAGCAAGUGCACAGAACUGGGUUUCACUUUCAACCUCCCAGCCACUGGAUUAACGACCCAAAUGGACCUAUGUAUUUUGGGGGUCUCUACCACUUGUUCUACCAGUACAAUCCAAAAGGUGCUGUUUGGGGCAACAUUGUUUGGGCCCAUUCAAUCUCUAAAGAUCUGAUCAACUGGCAGGCCCUUGAACCGGCCAUAUACCCGUCCAAACCCUUUGACAUUAAUGGGUGCUGGUCCGGAUCCGCCACGCUUCUCCCGGGUAACAAACCCGUUAUCCUCUAUACCGGCCUUGACCCGGAAAAGCGCGAGGUCCAAAACUAUGCCGUUCCCGCAAACUUGUCUGACCCAUAUCUACUCGAAUGGGUUAAGCCUGACAACAACCCGCUAGUGGUUCCGGAUAUAACCAUGAACUCAUCGCAGUUCCGUGACCCAACAACUGCUUGGUGGAGCAAUGGGCACUGGAAGAUGUUGGUGGGUGGCAAGAGAAAGCAUAGGGGAAUGGCCCAUUUGUAUAGGAGUAAGGAUUUUGUUUAUUGGGUCAAGGCCCAGCACCCACUUUACUCUGCCCCGAAAACGGGUAUGUGGGAAUGCCCGGAUUUUUACCCGGUUUCCUUGAAGGGCAAGGUAGGGUUGGACACAUCAAAAGUUGGUGGGGGUGUUAAGCAUGUUUUGAAAGUGAGCCUUGAUGAGGCUAGGUAUGAUUACUACACUGUUGGACAAUACUUUCCUAACCAAGAUAGGUUUGUUCCUGAUAAAGAAUUGGUGGAUGGUUGGGCUGGAUUGAGAUAUGAUUAUGGGAACUUCUAUGCUUCCAAAACUUUCUUUGAUCCUGCAAAGACUAGGAGAAUUCUUUGGGGCUGGGCUAAUGAGUCUGAUGCACCUGCAAAUGAUGUUAAAAAGGGAUGGGCUGGGGUUCAGGCAAUCCCAAGGACUGUGUGGCUGAGUCCCGAUGGGAAACAAUUGUUACAAUGGCCGGUUGAGGAAUUGGAAACUUUAAGGGGACAAAAGGUCCAGAUGAAGAAUCAAAAUCUCAAAGGGGGAGAUCAUGUUGAAGUUAAAGGAAUAGCUGCUGCUCAGGCCGAUGUGGAAGUUGUAUUCUCUUUUACGAGCUUGGACAAAGCAGAGAUGUUUGACCUUAAAUGGGCAAACCUUGAUGCUCAAGCAAUAUGUGGGCUAAAGGGUUCAAAUGUUGGAGGUGGCAUUGGCCCAUUUGGACUAUUGACUUUAGCUUCCCAAAACCUAGAGGAAUACACUCCUGUCUUCUUUAGGGUUUUCAGAACACAAGACAAUAAUAAGCAUAAGGUUCUCCUGUGCUCUGAUGCAAGAAGUUCCUCUUUGCAGGAUCAACUCAGUUCCUCUUUCCAGGAUAAACUGUACAAACCAUCUUUUGCUGGUUUUGUAGAUAUAGACCUAUCGGAGAAGAAGUUCUCUCUCCGGAGUUUGAUCGAUCAUUCUGUUGUUGAGAGUUUUGGAGCUGGAGGAAAAACAUGCAUCACAUCUAGGGUUUACCCCAUUCUAGCUGUUGACGAUAAAGCUCACUUGUAUGUGUUCAACAAUGGGACUGAGGCUGUCACUAUUGAGAGUCUCAAUGCGUGGACUAUGAAUGCUCCUAAGUUGAUGAACCAAUAG